UGUCCGGAGCCAAUCGGAACGCUCUGGCAGCGAUAAUAUUCACACACUGGUGACGGCGUGGGGCUGGACGUGAGGCUUGAACUGCACCAGAGAGGCAGACGGGCGUCACUCGGCUGCUGUUCUUACUGCUCAGAUGGGCCUUACUGCACCUUUGGCUCCAGGGGCCCAAACUCUGGACAGCUGCACCUGACAGCCACCAGGCCGAAUAGCCCUCCACAUUCUCCAGUGUUUGCCCUCUGUAAACGAUAGGAAUGUACUGGAAACUUGCAGUAUCUGUCCUGCUGGCAGGACUCCUCUGUAUACCAGCGGAUUCCAGAAGGAAUCGACCGCAGAGUGCUAUUCCCUCACCCUACAAAGGUAGCGGAAAUGUGUUGGAGAGUCAGGCACACAAGCCGGAGGUUCUGGCUUCUAGCCAGGAGGCUCUGGUGGUGACAGAGCGAAAGUACCUACGGAGCGACUGGUGCAAGACUCGGCCACUGCGGCAAACGGUGGCCGAAGAUGGCUGCCGGACUUUCACGGUCAUGAACCGCUUCUGCUACGGCCAGUGCAACUCCUUCUAUAUCCCACAACACAUCCGGAAGGGCCAGGAGGCCUUCCAGUCAUGCGCAUUUUGCCGACCACACAAGUUUGCCACCCUCAUGGUGGAGCUCGAAUGCCCCGGCCUGCAGCCCCCUUUCCGCCAUCUCAAGAUACAUCGGGUCAAACAAUGUCGCUGCAUUUCAACCGACGUCCCAAAAAUCCACAAGCCGUGAGGGCUUCGCUGCACAACCAAACCGGCACACCUACCAUUUCUUCUCAAAGGAGAUGUCUUAUGAGUCUUGGUAAAGAAGAUCAAGAACUUAUUCUGUAUUUACCUGCUAUAUAUAAAGUCAAUCUCCCUUUUUGAAGAUGAAAAACACCCAGAGACUACAGUUAAGGAUUGCUGCUGGAGAGAUGAACAUGCACAAGUAGGAUUUUUAGGUAGCUUCUUGAAAGUCUUCUUUCUUGGUCAUGUAAAUGUAUGACAAUAAAAAUAUGAAAUAUAUAUGUUUUAAAAGCUAUAUUGUUAUGCAAGUGCAAUAAUCAGUGAUUCAUCUGACAAUGGAGUAGUGGAUGUGCUUCAUGCUGUAGAAAUUUGCAUCUUCUGUGAUGACUAGGGAUUAUUGGUACUUUGAAUCAUUAUAUUUGUCUGUGAAUUACAUCCAGACAUGUAAGGUGAAGUAAAAUUUCCAAAAUGGUACUAAAACUGAAAUGCUAAGAUGGCAUUUUACUCCAAUAUACUCAAGAACAUUUGAUGAAGGCAAGUGUAUAAAAGAUUUGGGAAUGUUAGUAUACAAACUAUUCACGUUCAAUGCACAGCAGUCACGUUUUUUUGCAAAGCCUUAUCUAUACUUAAUUUAAUCUAUGUUUACAUCUUCAUUUACUUAGUAGACACCUUUGGCCCAAGGGUUAUUCAAGUGAGGCAAUUAAUACAUACAAGAAUCUACUCAAAUCUAGAAAACUGAUAGUACCCCCCCCCACCCCACACACACACACACAGUAUAUAAACUAUUAAUCAAAACACUCAGCCUGUAUUGUUAUAUUGUAGGACUAAUACAAUGUGAGCAAUAUAAAACAAUGCUAUUAAGUAACCCUAAAUGCCAGGUAGUACUAAUUUGUGAAAAACACAGAUCAGUUUUGUUUUAAGCAAAUGCUAUUCAGUGCAGAAUGAAACGUGCAAAAUUUAUGUUAAAUGUAAUUGAAUGCAUAUUUUAUUUGCGGUUAUACAAACUACAUUUCCUCAAAAACGAAAACUUGGUGAGAAGCGGUAUAUAAUAGUGCAUUGCAUUAAAAUAUAAACAAAAAAAUCUUAAGGCCUCUAAAUAUAGCUACUGAAAUCAGUGUAGCACCAAGCAGACAGCUCCUUCUGGUUACUAGUUUACUUUUCAUAGGACUUAAUAACACCUCAGUUACAUUUUAUUUUAAUUUCUUUGAAAUUAAGGCAUAUCACAAAAUAAAAACCUCAUAAUUCUUUUCUCUUUCCGUAGAACUGAUUGUUAUGCAUCCUUACCUUUUAAAAUUUACCUUUGGACAGUAUACAUUGGAUAAACUAUUUAACUGUGGGUAAAUUACAGUCAAAUAUUUUGUGAUUUAACUUCAAGUCCAGCAUUCUUUUAAUUGCACUGUGAAUGAAAUUAGUAUGACAGUGAUUUUAUAUAUAUAAAAACUGAAAUUAAAUAGAAAUUAAAGAAAAAACAACUUAGAGUUCAAAGCAGGCAGUCAUUCAUUUCUGCAUCAUUGCUAGUACAUUUUCAGUGUUUGUUUCCAUAACAUUCUUAGUACCUUGGUUCAGCCCAAAGCUUUAAAUAAAAAUUAAGAAAAAUUUGAAAGGUCUAAGUAGUAAUAUAAUAACAGCAGAUGAAAGGUCUAGUUGGUGUUGUUCUGAAUAAAGUGGCUUUUAUGCUUUAUGUAAUUCAAUGUGUAGUCCAGCUUCUAACUGAAUUUUAUCAGUUGUGUUCAGAUGAUACAAUGUUUCACCAACGAGCAGCAUAUCCAAUGGACACAAGGCACCAGCCACGGUUAUUGGCACUCAGAUCAUCAUGUUCAGUUUUGCUUUCUGUGAAAGACAGAAAAGAAGCAUUUGUUGUACUUGCUGAAGUUGCUUAAAGCUCAGCUAUAGCUAAUGUUGUAUAUCAGUAUGUUGUACUUGUGAAUUCAGUGUGAAUCAUAUACAAAUUUUUACAUCUUUGUUUUAAAAUUAUACCGUGAUUGAUAAUGUGUUUUGGUCUUCAAGCAAUUACAUCAGUAACACCAGAGCUGGGUAAUUCAGGUCCAGAGAGUAAAAGUCCAAACCGGGAUUUUGUUUCAACCAACCAGUUGAAUACUCCA